AUGCCUAAAAGCGCAAAGAAAAAGAAGGAUAAGGUGGCCGAUUUCUCGAAAGCUAAGCUGAAGCUCGGUAAAGGGAAAGCGACCCCGACCAACGCGAUCGAUACAUCUUUCAAAGCGAGAUCGAUUGCCUUGCCAUCCCAGAGUAUUGCGAUUGAGAAAGAUUCGUCCCAGCCGAUCACUAGACGACAAUUGACAUUUGACGAUCUCAUCUCUCACCUCAAACAUUAUAAUUCCGGAACAAGGAAGGACGCACUCAUCGGUUUAAAGGAGUUGUUCGACAAUAAUUGGGACUUGAUCAACUCAUGUCUGACCUCGCUCAUAAAUGCGCUUGUGCGACUAAUAGGUGACGAGGAUGCUAGUGUUCGGAAGCAACUAUUGUCGCUUUUGGCCUGGCUGUUGCCGCGAAUCCCCCCAGAAGACCUCCUUCCCCAUACACCUUCUUUGCUAUUAUUCACUACAUCCGCACAAACUCACAUCUUUCCAGAGAUCAGAAUCGAUGCGAUACGGUUCUUAAAUGUGUUGCUCGAAUGUGUUCCCGAAAGCGUAGUGUCAGGGUGGUGUGCAGAAAGUGAAGGCCACGGAAGCCGUGUUUUGAGCGGAUAUCUUGGUAUUCUCAACGCGGGUACCAAAUACGGAGAAAAUAAUGGUCCAUUGAAGGCAACGUCAACUGCCAGCGUUGUGCUCACACCUGCAUCCAAACUUGUCGUCCUUCGAUCUCUCUCGACUUUCCUCCAGGUAGCAUUAUCUCCCCAAGAAAGCCAAUCGAUGUCCGAAUCUUCGAGUAGUUCGAAUGCUGCACUUGAUGCUGUUUUCAUGAGCAAUGCAUUUCCCUCGCGGGAGGCGUUCUACUCGUUUGAUAAUCUUCUCUGCUCUAUAUCGCACUCUGCCAACGGAACUGGCCACCGAAAGUGGCUGGCUGAAGUUCCCGGAGAUGAGGAGUUUGCGGAUAUCUUUACCCAAUCCUUUAAACUACUGGAAAACAAUCCGGGGGAAGGUUGGACACUACAUGACUUGAUGCCGACAAACGAUGUAUUGGGGACACAACACUCUAGGAUGGCCAGUACAGAAUUUGUAGCUCAUUUAGCCAACACUUUACACUCAACAAUCAUCGAAACUUAUCUUGACUGCGCACCUUCUGUCUUCUCUCCGGGGCCGACUCCGUCAGAAACAGAAGUUCAACUCAUUGUGACUAUCGUUCGCAUAGCACAGAGCUUAUAUCAUGUCAUUUUACGCUCUCCACAAAAUGUUGACCAGGAACACAUCUCACGGUUGGAAAGCAUCAUCAAUUACAUGGCGCCCUACUUCCCUGCAUCUACAAGAGAUAACAAGUUAGACCAAGCAUACGAAGAGUUUAAUCUGAUCUUCUGCGAGCUAACCUCUUUAGCGGUGAACGCUUCUGAAAUCGGACCAUCGCAAUCCAAUCAGAAGCGGAAGGCGCGAAAAGGUCCUUCAUAUUCGAGUGGCAAAGCUAAAGCAUCAUUGCAAACGCAGCGGGUGACGCAAUACAUCACCCGUCGACUUCGAGGCGAGGCUGCUUCCCCGGCCCAGAUUGGCGUACCCAUCAACCCCACAGCUUACCGCGCACUAUUGCCAACAAUAUGGGCGUUGAUCGGUAGUGCAGGCACAAGCACAGAUGAAUCCAACGAGGUGAUCCUCACCACGCUUGACCAUGCGCUCAAGGUGUCAUCCAAGUCCGCGUGUAAGCGGCUGACGGUAGAAUUUGUCGGCCGUCUCAUGUUGUUGGGACUUGAGCCGCACUAUCACGGUUCCUUGAGUGCGGACAGGAAUCCAAGUUUGAAGUCAAAAUUUGACGCAUGGUUGGUGCACUUGCCGCAGGUCCUCUGGGAGCUCGGGAAUUCAAACUUGGCUUGCACAGAGACCAUCUUACGUGUGGUUCUCCGCGUAUUGCAACGCCGGUCGAAAGGAGCGCAAACAGAGACAAUCACUAUGCUUCAAUCAAGGCUCGUUCCUUACUUCUACAUGGAGCAUCCAAGCCGCGGAGCUCUACCAGGACCAUACCGAAAACUACCACCUUCCUCUGCGUCACACGUGAGGCUUCUCGUCCUCGAUGUGGUGUACACCAUCAUGGCACUAGGUAGACAGGAGGGUCAUGAGUUUGAGGGUCUCUCAAAGGCAGUUGGAUUGGCGGUCUCUGGAGAAGAUGAGCAAGGCUAUUGGGGUCAUAUAGCCUCCUUUCCUUCUAUGAAUAAAAAAUAA